AUGUCUCUCCCAGAAAUCGCAGACGAAAUUCCAUUUCAUUUGCAAAUCUUAAACAAUUCUGUUCUUUAUGGAAACGAUAAAGCGUUAUCUGAUGUAAACGGUUGUAUUCAUUACACAGAUCUUCGUCCAUUAUCGAAUCGAUAUGCGAACGCGUUGAGGGUUUUUGGGAUAAAACGCGGAGACAAUGUUCUUAUCGUUUUCUCGAAUCGAAACGAAUAUCCUCUUGUUUUUCUCGGAGCGGCUUUGCUUGGAGCGACCAUUUCAGGGGCAAGUCCGCAAUUGACAAGAGAUGAAAUCGAUCACCUUUGCAAAGAAGCUAACUCGAAAUUAGUAAUUGUUGAAGAAAAUGUAGAAUACUUUCAAGAAACAGGAGAGAUUAAGAUUCUCAAUAUCAAUGAGUUUUUGUCAAUCGUUAACGAAGCAUCCAGUAAUCCAUCAGAAAUUGAAAACUCUGCGAGUCUUGAUGAUGUUUUGAUUGAACCGUUCAGUAGUGGAACAACUGGACUCCCAAAAUGUGUCCAAUUAACUCAUCGCAAUUAUAUCUCGGCAACAAAAAGCCUUUCAGAAGCUUUAUUCUCUAAACUUUCAUUGACUAAAGGUCGACGUUGUACCCUCGCUUUUCUUCCAUUCUAUCACGGUUCAGGCUUUUGGGCCUUAGUCUAUUGCCUCCUUGCUGGGCAUCAUUCUGUUAUACAAAACGAGUUUCAUCCAUUGAUCAUGAUGAAAGCGAUUGAGGAGCAUAAAGUAGAUGUAAUCAACGUUGUGCCAUCAAUCGUCUCAGCUCUCCUCCGUCUUCCCAUUGACUCCUUCAACCUCUCAUCUCUUUCUCUUGUCCUUGUCGGAUCAGCUCCACUUGGAAGAGAGCUCAGCGAGGCCUUUAUGAACAAAUUUCCACAAGUGAAACAUCUGAUACAAGGUUAUGGAAUGAGUGAAGUGGUGGUACUCUCUCAUUUAACACCGCUUGAGGCUGAUUCAGAGCAAUGGGGAAGUUGCGGGCGUUUGUUGCCGGGAUCUCAAGGAAAAUUGAUCGAUGAUGAUGGAAAUGAAGUGAAAGAAGAUGGUCAAUGGGGAGAGCUCUUUCUGAAAUCAGAAGCUGUCUUUAAAGGUUACAAAGGAGGACAAGAAAGUGGAAAAGAUAAGGAAGGAUGGCUGAGAACAGGCGAUAUUGCAUACAAAGAUUUGCGGGAUUUCUAUUUUAUCGUUGAUCGGAAGAAAGAUUUAAUUAAAGUCAAUGGAUUACAAGUGGCACCAGCUCAAUUGGAAGAAGUCCUUCUCACUCAUCCAAAUAUCGCUGAAGCUGUUGUGGUUCGAACAGAGCAUCCUCAAUAUGGAGAAGUUCCUAAAGCUUUUAUUAUAGCUGCUGAAGGGAUGACUAUUGAUCCAAAAGAGAUACAAGAUUAUGUGAAAGAACGAGUGGCACCAUUCAAACAACUUCGAGGCGGCAUUGUGCUUUGUAACGAGCUACCAAAGACAAAAUCCGGAAAAAUCGCCAAAUCUAAACUUCAAGAUUAUCAAUUU